CCUCGUUUACAUUGAWUCGUUCAGAGUGGAAGUUCAUCUCGCCGAAACCGCUCCUCAUUCUUCAGAGAAGAAUCUGGUUGGACCGGUAAAUCACUGCCAACACUGGUUUCAGGUCAGAGGGAAGGAUGCUGGGGCUCCGCCUUCAAGACUUUAAAACUGACUGAGCCGUGGAACAGACUUCACUUGACCGACCAACCGUUCAACAACAGCCAACUUCUUUUCUCUGCUUCAUUUACCUCCAACUCAACCGUCAUCAUGGUGUCUAUGGGACGACAGAUGCUGGGCUUGGUCCUCGCCAUCAUCGGCUUCCUCGCGACCAUCAUCGUGUGCGCCAUGCCGAUGUGGAAGGUGACGGCCUUCAUCGGAGCCAACAUCGUGACGGCGCAGGUCAUCUGGGAGGGCCUGUGGAUGAACUGCGUGAUGCAGAGCACGGGUCAGAUGCAGUGUAAGAUCUACGACUCGCUGCUGGCGCUGCCCCAGGACCUGCAGGCCGCCCGGGCCCUCGUGGUCAUCGCCAUCAUCGUCGCCGCCAUGGGAAUCAUCCUGGGCAUCGCCGGGGGAAAGUGCACCAACUUCGUGGAGGAGGAACGGGCCAAAAGUAGGGUGGCCAUCGCCGCCGGGGUCAUGAUCAUCAUCGCCGGCGUCCUGGUGCUCAUCCCCGUGUGCUGGUCCGCCAACACCAUCGUCAGGGAUUUCUACAACCCCAUYAUGACCGAUGCUCAGAGGAGGGAGCUGGGGGCCUCCCUCUACAUCGGCUGGGGCGCCGCGGCCGUUCUCCUGCUGGGAGGGGCCCUCUUGUGCAGCUCCUGCCCUCCCAAGGAUCAGGCCCAAGAGUAUCCAGUCCGGUACAGCCCUGCCAAGUCCGUCGCCACCAGCCGGGCCUACGUCUGAGAGUUCUGCUGAAAAAGACUUUAAAUUAUCCAAGUUUUUAUACCUUUGAUCGGACUUCCUGACGGCUCAACGGACCACCGCACCGAGAGAAAGACUUUGUCAGCAACGAGGGUUAGAUGUGACUCUGGCAGGAAAAAUCCUCCAGUAUUUGUGUUUUCUGCAGAGACGAAGAGCAGUUUUAUCUUCUGGUUGUGUUUGAAAUGAUUGUUUUCUGAUUGWUAGAGUCUGAGCCGCAGCAGCAGGUGGUUCAUGGUCACAAAAYGUCCGAUGGAAACUGUACAGCAUCAGAGAUUUGUUCUAAUUUUAUGAUUUUUUUUAAGAUUGUACACAUAUAUUUGCUUCACAGCAGUAUCAAAUACUUCUUUGUUUAUUAAUAUUACUUUUUUGUAAUAAAAUAUUUACAUUACA